AUGUAUGUAAAUCAUAUUGUAAUCUUGCUUUUUUUUCAGAGUAAUGCUGAUUCUACAUCAUUGUAUGAUAUUGAUGCUUAUACAAUCAAACUAGCUGAUCAAGCUAUUCUAAUGAUUAUAUUCUGUCUAACAUUAAUUGUAGUUCUUGCUCAUAUUAUAUUUAAACUUCGUUAUCGAUAUUCAUGGCAUCGAGUUUCAUAUGCGAUAGCUUCUCUAUGUAUUAUUUAUGCAUUUACUCUAUUUGGUAUAUCAGUUUUUGUUGCUUAUUGGGAAGAUAAAUUAAGGAAAAGUUUGACUAGUACACAUUUAAACAAUCAACGUAUAAAUACACCAAAUGGUUUAGUAAAACCACAAAUCGGUUCAGCAGCAGUCGCAGCUGCAUUUGGUUUUGCAGCAUGUUGUGUUUUUCUUGCCGAAGCUUUAAUUCGAUUUUGCCAUUUAGCCGAUAAAAUUCAAACAUAA